AUGUCUCUCCUGCGGGAAGCGCAACGAUGCCUAGCUAACCAGGCCGCGCGCAAGAGCCUCAAUGCCUUCAUCACCUUGCCCGACACUGCCGCCGUGCUGCGUCAGGUCCAGAGCGCCGAAUCGCAGACGUCACAGCCUUCGCCGCUCAAUGGCCGCCUCGUAGCAAUCAAGGAUAACAUCUGCACGACCGACAGCCCCACGACCUGCGCCUCGGCCAUCCUCCGCACCUUCACCUCGCCUUACGAUGCCACCGUGAUCCAGCGGCUACGCGCCGCCGGCGCCGUGGUGGCAGGCAAGACGAAUCUCGAUGAGUUCGGCAUGGGCUCGCACAACCUGAACUCGCACUUCGGACCUGUUUCGCAGAGCGAGAGCGUAUCGGCCGGCGGCAGCUCCGGUGGAAGCGCUGUGGCCGUAGCGACGGACCAGUGUUGGGCGGCUCUGGGCACGGAUACCGGUGGUUCUGUCAGGCUUCCAGCCGCGUACACGGGCAUUGUGGGCUUUAAGCCGUCGUACGGCCUGGUGUCGAGAUGGGGCGUCGUUGCCUACGCCAAUUCUCUCGACACCGUGGGUGUGAUGGCAAGGGACUCCAAAACCGCAAAGGAUGUCUUUAACGCCAUCAACCACCACGACCCGCUCGAUCCAACCAGCCUCGCCCCGAGCACACGCUCGCGCCUUCCACGCACUCCCCCCAACCCUGGCCCCCUCCGUGUCGGCGUCCCAACGGACUACAACAUCACCGAGCUCACGCCCGCCGUGCGGCGCGCCUGGAAGCGCACCCUGGCGCACCUCCAAUCCCUCGGCCACACCAUCGUGCCCGUCGCGCUGCCGACCACGCACCAAGCCCUCUCCGCCUACUACGUCCUGGCGCCGGCCGAGGCGUCGUCCAACCUGGCCAAGUACGACGGCGUGCGGUACGGCACGCGGGCGGAGGGCGCCGACGGCAGCGCCGACGCCAUCCUGUUCAGCAAGACGCGCGGCGCUGGCUUCGGCGACGAGGUUAAGCGCCGCAUCGUGCUCGGCGCGUACACGCUGUCGGCCGAAGCCAUGGACAACUACUUCAUCCAGGCGCAGCGUGUGCGCCGGCUGGUGCAACGGGACUUUGACCGCUGCUUCCGGAUGGCGAACCCGCUGCUGGUGGAGGAAAGGGACAAUAGCAACGGAGAUAUUAGUGCUACUGACGAAGGAGUGGACGUCCUGAUCUGCCCAACUGCGCCGACCUUGCCGCCUCGGGUGGAGGAGCUGAGGGAGGCACAGCCGGUCGAUGCGUACAUGAAUGAUGUUUUCACAGUGCCAGCAAGCUUGGCGGGGUUGCCAGCGAUGAGCGUGCCUGUAGGGGGUGAAGAGGAGGGCCGGAAGGUGGGGAUGCAGGUGAUUGCGCAGUACGGGUGCGACGAGUUGGUGUUUGAGGUGGCUGGGAUGAUCGAGGGAAACUAA